AUGUCUGUCUCUGCUUUAGUCAACAAACCAUUACCAACCGGUGACUUCAAAUUCCAAUAUAUUUCUAUCUUACCAAGUGAUGCUAACCAAGAUGCUUGUAAGAUGCCAGUUACCAUUGACUGGACUCAAUUUGUCAAGGAAAACAAGACCAUUGUCAUCACUGGUGCUCCAGCUGCUUUCUCUCCAACUUGUUCCAUUUCCCAUAUUCCAGGUUACUUGGAAAAGAAAGAUGAAUUGUUAAAGAAAGCUGACCAAAUCAUCGUUUUAACUGUCGACAACCCAUUUGCUCAACAAGCUUGGGCUAGACAAUUGGGUGUUACUGACACUACUAAAUUGAAGUUCGCUUCUGAUGCUGGUGCUCACUUCAUCAAAUCCUUGGGCUUAGAAUUGGAUGUUGGUAACGGUGUCUUCUGGAGUGGUAGAUGGGCUUUGGUCGUCAAAGAUGGUAUUGUCACCUACGCUGGUAAAGAAGAAAACCCAGCUACCGAUGUCACCGUCUCAUCAGUCGACAGUGUUUUGGCUGCUUUAUAA